UGGUAAUCACACGACUACAAAAUUUGAAAUAUUCGCACGACCAUUGUCAAUCAUGUGACUAAGUGAACGUGACUUUUCUUUCUCCUCUUUCGUUUAACAUUUAAAGUAUACGAAGAUUUAAGUUAGCAGCUAAAUUUAUAGUUAACAAUUGUUAUAAUUCCAUAUCAUUGUGUUGUGGUCAAGUCUUCAUAAUGUAUUAUUCUGAAGAGAUUGGACUCCCCAAGACGGAUCCUAAACGAUGGAGAUUGAGAACUGAUCCAGUUGGUCGUGAGACUUGGCAUUAUAUCAAUGAAGAAGAUACUAUUCAUGAAGAACAAACUAGUUAUGUGAAAUAUUUGUUGGGAUUGGAAGAUUUUUCAACACCAGAACCUGCUGUUAUUGAAACUCCAUUCAGUGCAGCUAAGAAGGGAGCAGAGUUCCUUGAAUUGUUACAAGAUGAAUCAAGUGGAAUUUUCCCUUGUCAAUAUAAGGGUCCCAUGUUUAUGACUAUUGGAUAUAUUACUGCUAAUUAUUUUAGUAAAAAUGAAAUACCUGAACCAUACCGUCAAGAAAUGAUACGGUAUAUUGUUAAUACUUCACAUCCAGUUGAUGGAGGUUGGGGUUUACAUUCAAUUGACAAAUCAACUUGUUUUGGAACUACUAUGAACUAUGUAUGUCUUAGAUUAUUAGGUCUUCCUGCUGAUCAUAUAGUAUGUAAGAAAGCCAGAGAGACAUUACAUAGCUUAGGUGGGGCUAUAAAGAAUCCUCAUUGGGGGAAAUCAUGGUUAGCAUUAUUAAACCUUUAUGAUUGGGAUGGAGUUAACCCUGCUCCACCUGAAUUAUGGACAUUACCUUAUAGUUUACCAAUUCAUCCAGGUAGAUGGUGGGUUCACACAAGAGCUAUUUAUUUACCAUUAGGUUAUCUCCUGUCAAACCGAGUCCAAUGUGAAUUAGAUCCAUUAUUAUCAGAAAUUCGAAGUGAAAUUUAUUUACCCCGCCAAUUACCUUAUGAAUCAAUCAAAUUUUCCAAUCAUAGAAAUGAUGUUUGUGGAGUUGAUUUGUAUUACCCUCAUACUACCAUAUUAGAUAUGGCUAAUUAUUUCUUAUCAAAGUAUGAGAAAAUAAGACCAAAAUUCGUAUUGGAUUGGACAAAUACAAAGGCAUAUGAGUUAAUGUUGAAAGAAUAUAAAAACACUGAUUAUUUAUGUAUAGCUCCAGUCAAUUUUGCAUUCAAUAUGAUAGUAACAGCUUAUCAUGAAGGUACAUCAUCUAAGAAUUUCAAACAAUUACAAAACAGAAUGAAUGAUGUUUUAUUCCAUGGACCACAAGGUAUGACAGUUAUGGGAACCAAUGGUGUUCAAGUAUGGGAUGCAGCAUUCAUGAUCCAAUAUUUCUUUAUGACUGGGUUGGCUGAUUUACCACGUUAUCAGCCUAUGAUCAGGAAAAGUUAUCAUUUCUUAGUAAGAUCUCAAUUUACAGAAGACUGUGUGGAAGGAAGUUUUAGGGAUAAAAGGAAGGGGGCAUGGCCAUUCAGUACUAAAGAUCAAGGGUACAGUGUUAGUGAUUGCACAGCUGAAGCCAUCAAAGCUAUUAUUAUGGUAAAAUCUCAUCCUGAUUUCAAGGACAUUAAAGAUGCUAUUAAAGACGAUGAUUUAUUUAAUGGUAUUGAUGUAUUAUUAAACAUUCAAAAUGUGGGUAAUUUUGAAUUUGGAUCAUUUUCAGCUUAUGAAGGUAUUAGAUCAACUUUAUUAUUAGAAAAGUUAAAUCCAGCCGAAGUAUUUAAUAAUAUUAUGGUAGAGUAUCCUUAUGUUGAAUGUACCGAUUCAUCUGUGUUAGGAUUAACUUAUUUCUCGAAAUAUUAUCCUGAUUACAAGACUGAAGUGGUUCAAAGUGCAAUUAAGAAUGCUAUUAAUUAUAUUAUAAAAGCUCAAAACUACGAUGAUGGAUCAUGGUAUGGAUCAUGGGGGGUGUGUUAUACUUAUGCAGGUAUGUUUGCGUUAGAAGCUUUGAAUACAGUUGGAUAUAAUUAUUCUAACUCGUACACAGUUGAAAAAGGUUGUGAUUUCUUAAUUUCCAAACAAUUACCAGAUGGAGGAUGGUCAGAAAGUAUGAAAGCUUGUGAAACUCACACCUAUGUUAAUACCGAACAAUCAUUGUUAGUUCAAACUUCAUGGGCUAUAAUUGGAUUAAUUUUGGCUGAUUAUCCUGAUCAAGAACCAAUCAAAAAGGGAAUUAAAUUAAUUAUGGAUCGUCAAUUGCCAACUGGUGAAUGGAAAUUUGAAGAUAUUGAAGGGGUAUUCAAUCAUAGUUGUGCCAUUGAAUAUCCAUCUUAUAAAUUCUUAUUCCCAAUCAAGGCCUUAGGAUUGUAUAAAAAUAAGUAUGGGGAUGAAAAAAUUGUAUAGGUUAAAUUAAAAAAGUAGUAAAGCAACAGUAGUUUAAAAAAGUAAGUAAUAAAUUAUUACAAAUGUUAUAGGUGCAAAAGAAAGACAACAAAGAGAUGUGUAGUAAAACUAAAUAAAAUCGUGCAAGACAAACACGGAACGGGAAUAUUACUCUACUCAGAAGAAUCCGACACUUAUUAUUCGACAAUCAUAGGCAAUGACGCUUUUGUUGACACAAGGGAUGGGAAUAGAACAUAACCAGACAUAAAUUUAUGUUAAAA